AUGCUUAACCUCUACACCGAAACGGCCUUCAAGGUGAGGCCUGCCACCACCGCCUCUGUCGCAGACUUCCAAAUCCCCAGGUCCGACGGCUCAUACAAUCGGUCCAAAUACUCCUCCAACGCUGCGACCAGUAGCAGCGCCUUUACCAGAAACGAAGAAACCUUCGCUGCAAACGUCCUUGCCUCGCAGAGCUCCAUCUACUUCCGACAGUGCAAGUCCUAUCCGAGAACAUUCUACUGGAGCGUGGUGGGCAAUGGCAAGGUUCUGCAGGUUCAGUGCGCGGAUUACGCAAGGAGUGAGCUGGAUGUGAAAGAAGCAUACUUUACACUUCGUUUCGAGUUCCAGGACAAGAUCCUGCCUCGGGGCGUGUGCUUCGCCGACCUGGAGACCGGCCACGAACUCCACGCCUUUGUCUGCACCGAGAAGAACGGGAUCUUCGAUCUGCAACUGCCAGCAGCGGCUUUCCGCGACCCCGAAGUACUGCGAACCGAGACUACCAGCCGAUGGUGCAAACCCGUUGACGAUUCAUCGCUGAACAUUGAGACCGUUCAUCAAUUUUGGGCCAGUAGCCCGUUGGAAGUCUUCAUAUCAUUUGCAAGUGGCAAGCUACAGAAAUUGACGAGGCGCUCGGUCAAUGGAGCUUGGAAACAGGACAACUAUGACGACAGAUCUUGGGCAGCCUCUUUGCGUGGCAUCGUCAGUCGACGUGGUUUCCUUGCAAUCGAGCAUGGUUCCAGUCAGUUCGAUCCGAGAACGGUACAGGCCAUGGUCACAUCUCCCGACGGCAAAUUCCUAUUCACAGUCUGCUUGAACCACACUCUCAGAGUAUGGAAUCUCCUCACUGGAAUUGUUGUGGCGACAAAGGAUCUUCUUGACGUCGAGAGAGAUCCAAAUGAUAGAACGCACUUGAACCCUGCCGAGGAAGCGCAUAUCCAAGUUUUCAAGCUUCCAUUCGACAGGUACCCUUCACUCAUUACGUAUACACCUCACGAUGGGGGCCACUUCAAAGUCUGGAACGUCAAGGGUGGAUCAACAGAUUCCGUCACGGUUGAGGACAAGUAUCCGGGCUUGAGACUGAGCUCACCAGACCCGGACCCGUCGGGGAACACGGUUUGGUCCAUGGUGGGAUUCAAGCUGGAUCCUGGGAGUGACUCCAAGCCUGCAGGACUGUGGGUGUUGUGGAGAAAUCACAACUACCAUCAACUGUACAAUUGUCGGUUGGAAUUCGGCGAUCUGAAAUCCUCGUGGGCCUCGAACUGGGUCAAAUGUAAUCCAAGAGCAGCAGCGAAGAUUAUUGCACCGGAAUAUGUCAAGGCUGACAGCGAGGAUCCCGCCUCCAAAUGGCUGGAGUUCUUCUUCUACCCCGGCCGCUAUACCGACGCCACCCUGGAGACGGCAUUGUCCAUCUUCGCAGAAGCCACCGCCGUGAAAUUGCCAUCUUCGCAAAAGGGGGCUCCUUUGCGACAACGGCUGAGCGCAGUCGUGGCUGCCGGCGUGUCACUACGCAAAUACGAGGAGUCUGAUUUCGACUAUGACCGAUUCUGUACCGACACUGAUUUCCAUUGGCGCAAUCUAUAUAGGAUUGCGGAAAAUGUGAAUGAAAGUCGCAAUGCGCCUUUGGCCUUGGCCUACGACGCAUUCAGCGAGAUGGUCUGGAUUACAAUGGCCGACAAAUGCUGCGCGGUUAGAGAAUGCAGCAAAAUCGAACUCCUGCAGCAGAACAGACAGGAGGACAUCCCGGACGUUGAAAGCAUUGCGGCUCGGACAUGGGCACACCGGAAAGUCAGCAGCGAAGACGGUGAAACGUUCAGUGACAUUGCUGCUCUGAUGACCGCCGCUAAAACAUUCCGAGACUUCUUCAGCGCCGAACUUUCGAGCGAUCUGAGCGUCGCCAUCGAAGAAGAAUUGUCUCUUGAUGCUGAAUAUGUCACCCCGAAUAGGAUCACUGGCAUCUGCAACAGCAUUGGCUUGGUCGAUGCCAUCACCAACGAAAUCUUCGAGCAGCUGGAAAGAGAUCUUGCUCCAAUUGGAGGGCUCUUGUCCCUGAACAAUGAGUUGUUUCUGAGCGUCCUGGAGUUGCUGGUCAAUGCCAGGACCAAGAGGCCAAAAAGUUCGAUGCGGAAUACACUUUUUGGGAAUCUUUUAUUGUCAGCCGGGGUGUUGGAUACCACCACCUCUCAGCGAGAUUUGCUCCUGGAUCUGCUCGCUUUGGCCCUCUUUGCCGAAGGCGAGCUUAGUCAGGAGGAAGUGAAGCCGACAGGGUUCAAUGCCUCGGAACUGUUCCAUCACAUUACUCCUCUGCUGAAACUCUGCGAACGAAACCUCUGGCUGGCGUCCCACUCGCGACUCGUCCCCCUGGAGAUUAUGGGCGCGGACGGACGUCCAAAUGCGGCUCGUCGGCCGUCCUCCGCGGCAGAAAACAAGAGGCGGGUCUCAAUCUUCGAAGACACAUUGAGCAAGGCAGUCCGGCCACAACCGGCCGUAGAGCGGCCAUUGAUGUACGUGAUCACCGACCAGUUGUCAGAGAUCGAUGACUGGGCAUCUGGAAAGGAUACGAUUGCCGUCGAAGAGGGCGCCGUCUUCCUCCAAUGCGAUCUCCUCGCACAGCGCGAACUUGAACUGGCCACGGACUUUUUGCGCUUCCAGCCAUCGACGUCUUGGUCAAGUUAUGUCAAAGGACGGCUUGCCUUGGCCAACGGCAAGUAUACCAUGGCAAGCAACUAUUUCCGGAAGGCCUCGUAUGGCCUCGCAUGUGGCAAAGCAGUUGGCAACCUCGUCGCUCUUUCGGCGGGCUUGUUGUCAAUAAUCGAUGCGGAAUGUUUCAACAAUGGCCUCCCUUCAUAUUUGCAUCAUAUCACUGCUCUGUUCGAAUCCGCCGAUGCGUAUAGUGAGGCUGCCUACUUUGCACACUUGACCAUGGAAGCCCUGCAACCCGGUCAGAAGGAACCAUCGCCCGGUUUCCACGCAGAGGUGUUGUCUAGACUGUUCAGCGCAGAACUCAAACUCUCCAGAUUCGACCGCGCCUACGCCGCCCUGGUCCAACUGCCUGACGCAGCACUGCAGCGAUCUUCGGUGAUCACACUCACCAACGCACUCUUAGAUUCACAGCGCUCGAUACUAGGCGCCCGCGGUGCAGUGGAGACGUUGAUGUCCUUCCCCUGGACCAUCUAUCCCCAGCUUGCCCGUCACCUGGACCAGCAUCUGGUCUCACUAGCAAAGAAGAACAGUUCCAGUGGCGCCAGAUCCUCACCCUGGUCGGGUGGCGAUGCCGGGUUCGAUUACCUGAGUAUCAUGUACGCGAUACGCCUGGCGCAGAAGGACUAUCGCGGCGCGGUUUCUGUUUUGUACGAUCGACUAAAACUGACCCGACGACUUGCAAGGGCUCGACACGAUCCUCAGGCCACGGCGUUGCGGCACGCACUUUUGGCACUGAUCAAUGUCAUGGCUUGUGUCCCCCCGGAAGAGGCUUACGUCCUGGCGGAUGCAGACGACAAGAAUGGAUCAAAUCAAGUAGGCCAAAACGGUACCGACACUUCAGGCAAGAGACGCCGCAUCAUCAUUACUUUGGAGGACUUGCGCAAGGAAUACCAACAGACCCUCGACAAAUGCAGCCGAAUCGAGCGUGGGGACUUUGACUUUGAGGUCGACGGGGAAAGCGACGACGACGGAGAGCAGCUGGCGAACCAGUCGCGACUGAACCUGUCUUCUUCCCAUGCCGGCGACGCCAUGGAGUUUUGA